ACUUUUUCAUAAUAUCCUUUAAUAUGUUUGUUCUUGUACCUCCCCAUAUUAUUCCAUCUUCCCAAUUCUUGUAAAACCCCUUUAUCCCUUUCUCACUACUCCUAUCUUCUACUCUCCCAACUGAACACAAAUUCUGCUCCCAUUCUCUUAGGUAAGUCACAUUCCCCCAUGUUCUUAUGACCUUCAAGUGUUUUUAGAAAUGCAUCACUUCAUUUUGUGGGUUAUUGUUCUUCUUUUUAACUCCAAAUUUUUAGUGAAUUGCAUAAAUGAAGAAGGUUUAGCACUUCUUACAUUCAAACAAUCUAUAACUCAAGACCCGCUUGGGUCUUUAAGCAAUUGGAAUCAAUCUGAUAGUACCCCUUGUUUAUGGAAUGGUAUUACUUGUAAAGAUCAGAAAGUAGUUUCUGUUAGUAUCCCCAAGAAAAAACUUGUGGGUUAUUUGCCUUCUUCUCUUGGUUCUCUUUCUGAUUUGCGCCAUGUUAAUCUAAGGAACAAUAGGUUUUAUGGCCCUUUACCAUUGAACCUAUUUCAAGCUCAAGCCCUUCAAAGUUUGGUACUUUUUGGGAAUUCCUUAUAUGGGUCAGUUCCUAAUGAAAUUGGGAACCUUAAAUUCUUGCAAAAUUUGGAUUUGUCUCAUAAUUUCUUAAAUGGGUCUUUACCCUCUUCAAUUCUUCAGUGUAAGAGGUUAAAGAGUCUUGUUUUGAGUCAUAACAACUUUACUGGGAGUCUCCCUGAUGGGUUUGGGAGGGUUUUGGUUUCUCUAGAGAAACUUGAUCUUUCUUACAAUAAGUUUAACGGGUCAAUCCCAAAUGAUAUGGGAAACUUGUCUAGAUUACAAGGGACUGCUGAUUUUUCACAUAACAUUUUUAGUGGUUCAAUCCCAGCUAGUCUUGGGGAUCUUCCUGAGAAAGUUUAUAUUGAUCUAACUUAUAACAAUUUGAGUGGACCAAUUCCACAAAAUGGUGCCCUUAUGAAUAGAGGACCAACUGCUUUUAUUGGAAACCCUAGUCUUUGUGGCCCUCCAUUAAAGAAUCCUUGUUCAUCAGAUGCUUUAGCUGUAUCACCCUCGUCCGACCCGUCCUUGCCAAGUGAUCAUUCACCCCAAGGGAAUGGUGACAUUGGUGGGAAGAGUAAGGGAAAAGGGCUUAAUAAGAGUGCUAUAGUAGCCAUUGUAGUGAGUGAUAUAGUUGGUAUUUGCUUGAUUGGAUGGUUAUUGUCUUAUUGUUAUACUAGAGUGUGUCCUUGUAAGAGCAAAGAUGAGAAGGGAGGAAGGGAUAGUGGGGAGUGUUUUUGCUUCACAAAAGAGGAAUCCGAAACGCUUUCGGAGAACAUUGAACAAUAUGAUUUGGUAGCAUUGGAUUCUCAAGUAGCAUUUGAUCUAGAUGAACUUCUUAAAGCAUCCGCUUUUGUGUUAGGAAAGAGUGGGAUAGGCAUUGUGUAUAAAGUUGUGCUUGAAGAUGGACUUACAUUGGCUGUAAGGAGAUUAGGAGAAGGGGGUUUGCAGAGGUUCAAGGAAUUCCAAACUGAGGUUGAAGCAAUUGGGAAGCUUAGGCAUCUAAAUAUUGUGACUUUAAGGGCUUAUUAUUGGUCUAUUGAUGAGAAGUUGCUCAUAUAUGAUUAUGUGCCAAAUGGAAGCUUAGCCAUUGCUUUACAUGGGAAGCCAGGGAUGGAUACUUUUACUCCAUUAUCAUGGUCAAUCCGAUUACAAAUCACCAAAGGCAUUGCUAGAGGUUUAAUGUACUUGCAUGAAUUCAGUCCCAAAAAAUAUGUUCAUGGGGACUUAAACCCUAGCAAUAUACUACUUGGGCCGAGCUUGGAACCCAAAAUCGCUGAUUUUGGACUCGGGCGCCUUGCCAAUAUUGCUGGCGGAACCCCUACCUUACAAUCUAGUAGGAUGACCUCUGAGAAAACCCAACAAAAACAAGCUAAUAGUGCACCAUCCGAAAUCGGUAGUGUAUCGGUUUCUAUUGCACUUUCCUACUACCAAGCCCCGGAAUCCCUUAAAGCUGUGAAACCCUCACAAAAAUGGGAUGUUUACUCCUAUGGAGUAAUCUUACUCGAAAUGAUUACCGGAAGAUCUGCAUUAGUCCAAAUGAGCACCUCGGAAAUGGACCUUGUUCAAUGGAUUCAACAAUGCAUCGACGACAAAAAACCUUUAAUCGACAUCUUAGACCCAUAUUUAGCUCAAGAGGCAGAUAAAGAAGACGAGAUAAUCGCAGUUCUGAAAAUCGCUAUGGCUUGUGUUCAUCUCAGUCCCGAGAAAAGGCCUACGAUGAGACACGUUUGCGACACUUUGGACCGACUACCUGAACUUAGUCCAUGAAGCUAGAUGUUAAAGUACUUGUGGAUUGUGUUCAUUUCUAAAAAGGAUGAGGCUUUCUUAGGCUCUAUAUGUGCUAGUUUUUACCCGUGAACAUAGUCACUAUUAGGGCUCUAGGAGUAGUGUUUUUUAAGGGUUUUGUGUAUGUUUUUAGUGAUAGAUGAUUACAAGUAUAUAAUGCCAAAUGAUGUGUUGUUUGUAUUUGUAAUCUUUGAAGUAUAAAGGGUUUUGUUUUAUUGUUGUUUGUCAAUGGAAAAUACAAUUUGUUUUAUAUGUAAUGGCUUGUUUGGUUGA